AUUAGGGUUAGUUUUGAAUCUGUGUUUACAUAGAAGUCAUGUUUGCUCCUCAGCCCAUUCCAAGGCUAAACUCUUCAUCACUCACGGAGGCUCCCAUGGAAUCUACGAGUCCAUCUGCAAUGCUGUACCCAUGCUGAUACUUCCACUGUUCUGGGACCAGGAAGACAACAUGCUUCGCAUGGUGACACGUGGUGUUGCAGAGACGCUCAAUAUACAUGAUGUGACCACAGACAAACUAUUGGCAGCAGUAAAUAAAAUCAUCCGUGAUAAAAGCUACAAAGAGAGGAUAGUGGAGCUGUCUCACAUACACCUGGAUCGUCCCCUUCAGCCGAUGGAACAGGCUGUCUUCUGGACCGAGUUUGUCAUCAGGCACAAAGGGGCUGCACAUCUGAGAGUCGCUGCCCACCAGCUGACCUGGGUUCAGUACCACAGCCUGGACAUCAUCGGCUGUUUGAUCGUCGCUCUCAUGACCGCUCUGUGGGUGACCCUGAAAUGCUGCUUGUUCUGCGUGUGCUACAAAAGAGGACGUGCAAAGACGAAAUCAGAGUAGUGACAUACUUCCGGUGUUAUAAAGUCUGUGAUGAAGUAAGUGAUGUAGGUUGAUGCAGUGGGCAGUUUGUCCUUUUCCUCAUCCAGAGGCAAUCAUUCUAUGAUUAAAAUCACUAUCAGUAUAA